AUGGCAAAGUUUUACAAUCUUCCCAUCUUUGCAGCUUUGUUUCUCUCCACAUUUGCCAUUUCAUUUGAAAUUGCAUUCUCCUUAUCUCCUACACCAAGCCCAAAACAUAAGAUCCCAACGUCACAACAUAUUUCUCAAUUAGCUCCUAAGAGUGCCUUAGAAAAUCCACAUUCCCCACAUUCAAUCCCUAAGGUUGAAAUAGUAUAUCCUCUUUCUAAAGCUAAAGUUUCUCCUAAGCCUUCACCAAAUAAACACAUUCCUUCACAUUUGGCUCCUAAAAGUUCAAAAAUAACAGCACAUCAAUCCCGAUCAAGUUGGAGUCUGUUGGCUCCUAAAAGCUCAAUUAAACAAAAUCUUUCUCCAAAACCUAUUGAAAAACGCACAUCUGACUCAAUCUUGGCUCCCCAUUCUCAUGUGUCCUUAAAGCCAAUUCCUCACUCAACCAUUAAGGUGACAAAAACUCCUCACUCUAUUUCUAAACUUCCUCCUAGGCCUGCACCAAGAAAAUAUUUUCCAACACAUUUGACACCUAAAAUCCCAAUAAGUAAACGAAUUCAUUCUCCAAAACCAUCACCAAAGCAAACUAGAAAUCAUGGGUCUAAAUUUUUCCUAGUUAGACCUAAAGUUGGAUCUCAUGUUACCACUAAACAAACAAAGAAGCAACAUAUUUUUUCUCCACAGCUAGCUCCAAUUACUUACAAACAAAAGGUGAAUGCCAAACUUGCACCUAAAUCAACAAGAAAGUUUUCUUUUAACACACAUUUGGCUCCCAAAUCUAGUGCUACAAAACCAAAUAUUGUUCUCAGUCCAAUAGGAAGGAUUAUCACAAAGACACCUUUGGCUCCGAAGGAAGCACCAAAAUGGACUCAUAAACUUACACCUAAUCAUGGGACUCAUUAG